AUGGCUGGUCAGCACCACGCGAGGGAUCUGCAGCAGGCGUUAGAGUCCCGUCUGCCGUAUGAGGCGCUGAGUGGCCCUCUGCGGCAGCGGGUGUCGUUGCAGGCGUACAAACUGCACAGCGUGCACUUUGCGGCGUUGCGCUAUCAUAGUUAUCAACGCCUCCCAAAGUUCCUGCGUGUUAGCAUGACCGAGCAGAGCUAUUACGAGGUACUUAUUGCCUACCUGCAGGAGAAUCUGCAACUUUACCCCUAUUUACACAUACGUAAGAUUGCUCAAUACACGAAGGAGACGCCGCUUAGCUACUAUACAACAAUGAUUUCGGAACUUCUGAAGGCAGAGCGCAGCUAUGACACCUUACCAAACUUUACUGCGGUGGAUGUGCUUAACAUCAUUGGAAUUGGACGUAAUCAAUACCUUGAGCUGACGAAAGAAGUACGAAGUAAACUCCGAUGGCACAUCAAUCGGCGGUUUGUAAAAAAUUACUUGCCAUCCGAGAUGCUACCUUCUGUUACACUUCCACCGUUUUGGGGCGUCUUUGCUGUGGAUAUGCCAGCGGAGGCAAUCAAGAGGGCAAACCUUAGCAAUGAGGAGGCCACGCUGCAUCGUCAGCUUCUUAAACUUUCAGCGGAGAAUGAAAGCCAUAAUCGUGGCAGCGACGGUUGCCAUUUUGCGUGUGAGUUUCCUCGGGAGCCCCUUCACGCAUUGUACCGCAAGGGAUUGGUUUGCGCAACGUUCUCGGUGGGUCCUGAGGAUCAAAUUACGGUGCCGCCGCUUGAGCGGUUUGUCAUGAAUCGCACUUCAGAUGACCCGACAGAAGUGAUGCUGUACAAAGUUCUUUCCACAAUCGACAAUCGCACCUCGCUAAGUCUUCUCGCGCAGCUUUUGAUGCUUGAUGAGUUGGAUGUCUGCGCCGCGGCUCAAGUGUACAUUCGCCUCGGCCUGGCACAGCUUAAAACAGUCCACAUUCCGGAGGAAAUUUUAAAUUUUACGGAACGCGUGCAUGAGACAUGGCGAGAUGUUGUGGAAGAGCGCAUGUCAGAGGCCUCCGCCGUGUCUCUUACAGGCUCCGCACCUUGCAUCUCUGCAGAGGCGGGUGCAUCAGAGGCGGAUGCAGACACAAAGGACACAUGCCCCAACAAUGGUAGCCACCCCCCGAGGCGUAUAGCGCUGCUUUACGACGCCAGUCUCACGGGGUUUCUUAUGAUGACUAAUUUGAGCGCCGACCCAACCUUUAAACAACAUGCUGUGACGUUAUUUGAACUGGGCAAAUUGUCCGAGGAGAUGAUUGGAAGUUUUAUUGAAAAGCUGGAACAAGUAGAUAUUAAAACCGAGCACGAUCUUGGUGACGAGGCGGUGAAAUAUAUUUGUAGCGUGUUGAGUUUACGUGAGGUGCUCAAGGCGCUUCGGCGUGUUGUAGGACCUGACAAAGAGUCUGGCGUGGAUAUGCUGAAGGUUGAAUCCAUGAAUGAGCUGGAACCAACAACGCGAUAUUCCGUUUUGGGACGAAACUACUGGGCUUAUUUUGUGACAUCGCCCGUAUCGUAUGCUCCACUUAUUGAUGUGGCACUUAAUGGCGUGUAUGGGAGUACUGUGAGUUUGAUGCCGUCACCGUGGAUGACGUUAUACCUUUACAACAAAAUGGGUACUGGGCCGCCUUCUUUGCUGCUUCCUGUAGGGGCACGCCUUGCGGCCUGGCCGCCUCUGCUUCAGGACACGGAAAAAAGUGUCGCCAAGCUGCGCCUGCAGCCCUUUACCAUGGAUGCGGAAAUUACAUACGUGGAGGCGGCAACUUCUAUUGUUUUGCUGAAUGAAAUGACAGUCAUGGCACCCUUGUUUGUACAACGUGUGGAGGAUGUGCCACUGGAACGUGAUACGGAGGGUAGAUUUCUGGUGGAGUCGACCAAAUACACAUCCCUUGACGUUGUGGUGCCAUUUACAGCUUCGGAUACGGAGGCCGUGGCGUUAUUUUCUUCGGCUGUGAUGCAGCACUCCCAUGCGACUUCCGUUCACUUUGUCAGUGCCGAUGUGGUGGAUGAAAUGGUGGGACUACGACGUUUUCUGGAUCUUUUUCAUUUGGCUGUUGAGGCGAUGCACCUAAAGGACUCACUGGGAUGCUUUACCUUCCAUGUUUCCCUCCACGAGGUGGUCAAAGAGGAGGGAUGGGGCAAAGAAACAGCACCGACACCUACGCCAACGGUCACGCAUGUCGACCCCACGAAGGGGAUGGGAUUUAAAAAGGAAAUGUCGCGAUUUUAUUCUCUGGCCGAUGCACACAUUACAGAUCUCGGCUUUGGUAUACCUUUGACGCAUCCGGACUGCUGCUCCGUCAUGGUGCGCCACCUGGAGGAUUUGCUUGGGGAGACACGUAGUGAGUGCCACAACAACGCGAUGCGGGAUCUCGCGAAUGACUUUGGUCUUUUUUUGGGGUCCCACUCGCCCCUGACAUCAUCCGCCCGGGAAAAGAUGGCGCUUCAGUCUACAGCGGUCGUAGGCCCGUCUACGCAGAUGCAUAUUCGGCGAUUGGGCGAGGGUGGCAACGGGGGUGCGCCCUUCCCGAGUGCCAUGAUCUUUUUUGACGGUGCGCACCUUGCCGUCAUGGACGACUGGAACCCUCUCGUGGAAUUGUGGCCGGUGUAA